GUCAGCGAGACAGUCGACAGACGUCUAUUUGCUUUUGAGUUUUGACAAAACUACGAAAUAAGUCAUUAAUCAUCGCUUCAUCAGUGGCAACAAACAUUGUUUUGAAUAUAGCAAAAAUGGAAAAGGAACUAGAUAAGGUUGUGGAAGAAAUCAUGUCAACCCCAAACGUAAGCGGGUGUUUAGUCGCCGAUCAUCAGGGUCUCUGUUUAGCGUCGAAGGGCACAGCUCACGUCGAUUCUGCGGGCCUCAUCGUAGCUCUUUCCGAACAAGCAUGCAAAAUUCAACCAAACUUGAAACCACCUACCGUCUGCUUGGAAACGGAUACUAAAACAUGUUUGAUACAAAGACAUGGUACCAUCACGGGAGCUGUUUUUAAACAGAGAGCUUGAAGUUGAAGUAUCUUUUUGUUUGUUAAUCGAAAAACUUAACGGCUGUGUUAAGAUAACGAGUUUUGUAAAGCUAUAUUAUUCUUUAAAAAUAUUAAAUCUUUGUAAUAAAAUGUCAUUGUUAUGACAAAGUCAUAAAUUAUUAUCAACUUUAAAGAACCUAGUGUAAAUUUUAUUAGUCUAUAUAUUUAUAAUAGUUUGAAAUUUAUAUUUUCAAUAUAUUAUAAUAUCUGAAAUUUAAAAUUAACCUGUUCCAUUGGCUUUCACUUUUUUAUUCUUUGCUGUUCACUUUAUUAAACUAUCAUAACAUAAAUUAUUUAGUGAAAAAAUGUACAUAUUUGUAUUAUUAAAAGCUCUUAAUAACAAUAAUAAUUUUAUUUAACUGUCAAUGUAAAAAAAAAUAUGAUCAAUAUUUUGUAUUUCUUCAUAAAACGAUGUUACAACCUCCUCUUGACUGAUCUUUGAGGCUAGCCAACUGUGUGAGUGAUAUAAUAGAGCACAAAGACAAUUACUUCCUUAUUCUGUCACCCUCAUAAUAUAAUGGAAUGGCAAAUAUAUAAGCUUUACAUGCUUUCUGAGGCGCUGGAGUCAAUCACUGCCAUUGCAAGACUCCAUUCUAAUAUUGAGGAUAUCUCAACCAUAAAAACUCGAUAACUUUUAAUCCCAAAUAGGUACAAUAAUAUAAUAAAUUUUAGGCCAAAUCUGGAGUUUCAAACCCAGAACUGUGGGAUGUGCAGCCUUAUAAGUUAGCCACCAGACCAAUGAAGCAUCCAAACGGACAAUGGUAUUAUAAACAUAAAACCAUGUAGACAACUUUUUUAACAGGUUAAAAUGAAACUAAUAUUUAAUAUACACACAUUUAUUUCAGAUAUGCCUUCCUAAUGUUAACAUUUAUCGACAAGAACAAUGCAGUAACCGUAACUACCAACUAUAUAUUUACCAUACCAUACACUGUUGCAAGCUACCUGUUACACGACUUGAGAUGUCACUUUAUGCCAAAA